UUGAACUUGGGCGCCACCGGCAGAGGCAUCGAGCGAAGCCUCAGCGCUAUCAUAUAAAAAGCCGGCAAAUGUUUCAGUUCGAUAUCAGUAAGCCUUCUCAAGUCUUUCAAUUAACAACAUGAAGUUCAUUAUCGCUUUCGCCUGCCUGUUGGCCGUCGCCGUUGCCAACGAAGAUGCCAAUGUCCUCCGCAGCCAACAGGAAGUGAACGUGAACGACUUCCGUUAUGCUCUGGAGCUGGACAACUCUGUGAAAGUGGAGCAGGUGGGUAGACUUAACAAUGAAGAGUGGGUUGUCAGUGGAAAACAGGGGUGGACCUCUCCCGAAGGCCAGGCCGUAGGCCUCGAAUACGUCGCCGAUGGCAACGGUUACCGGGUGGUGUCCGCCAACCCCGCUCUGCCCACCUCGCCCCCAAUCCCAGAGGCCAUCCUGCGCUCCCUGGAGUAUAUCGCCGCCCACCCUUCCAAGGAAUAAAUAUUAUAAAUAAUUGUGUUAAAAAUAAAUGUGUUGAAAAUUA